AGUAAACAGCACGAGGCGCUAGCAGUGUUAGCUUGUUAGCAGGCUAGCAGCGUUAGCUUGUGUUGAGAGGACGGUAGUGUUUUGUUGGGACGUUUGUGAGGUUUCUGGACAGAAAGGACGAUACGUGGUUCGUGUGGGAACUCUCAGCAUUUUCCAAAGUGUCGUAAAUGAGUGAAGAAGUGUUGAACGGAAAGACAACGUGGAUUGCUGUGAUUGUGAGACUAGCCUUACUAGCAGCAGACGGUCGGACCUGCGGUGAAGCGGUGUUUGUGGCAGUUUGGAGUUGAAGAUCGGAGCAGGAACCAUGUCUUCAGAACCUCAGAAAGGUUCCGUCAGCGAACAAGUUCCUGCUGCUGAAGAAAGAACCGUGCCUUCCCUUCAGUCUCUGAGAGAGUUGAUCAGCGAGCGACUAGCUGCUGCUGCUGAAGAAAUCUUCCGACUCUGUGAAGGAACCAUCGUCCAGUACGAGCAGGAGCUCUGUCGUCAGCGCAGACUGCUGAAUAUCAGCUGGAACCCGCAGGUUCAACUCCACCACAUAGUCCUCCCCCAGCGUUGGGUGACUGAAGAGAAGGGUCUCUGUAACCAGCAGAGGAACUUCAGAGUGGAACAAGAGGAACCAGAACCUCCACAAACUAAAGAUGAGCAGGAGGAACCAGCAACUCCACAGCCUGAAGACAAACUGCAGGAACUAAAACCUCCACAGACUAAAGAAGAAUCGGGAGAAAUAAGACCUUCCCCGAUUAAACAGGAACCAGAGGAACUCUGUAUCAGUCAGGAUGAAGAGCAGCUUGAUCUGAAGCAGGAGACUGAUACCUUGAUGGAGAUUCCUAUUUAUGAGGAAGAUGAGAACAGUGAAGCAGAUCUAAACAAUCAGCAGAGCUUCAAUGUCACUGAUAGUCAGGAUGAAGAAGGAAACCAACAUGAAGAAUCAACUACAGAUGGAGAGUCAGAUCAAGAGAACAGUGAUCACAUCAUUUUUUCAACCCUGAAAAUGCCACCUGCAAAAAGACACGCUUAUGAAGCACAGUUUAAACUAAAAGCUAUCAGCUACGCGGAGGAACAUGGGAAUCGAGCAGCGGCGAGAGAAUUCAAGAUUAAUGAAUCCAUGGUUCGCAAGUGGAGGAAGCAGGAAAACAAACUCCAACAAGUUAAAAAGACGCAGCUGAGUUUCCGUGGAAACAAGGCGAGGUGGCCCAAGUUGGAAGAUCGUCUCGAGCGAUGGGUUCAUGGUCAGAGAAAAGCUGGGAGAAACGUUUCUACAGUCACCAUUCGACUGAAAGCAGCAGCGCUUGCAGAGGAAAUGAAAAUUGAACAUUUUCGUGGAGGUCCGUCUUGGUGCUUUCGUUUUAUGAAACGCCAUCAUCUUUCCAUCCGGGCAAGGACUACGGUGGCGCAGCAACUUCCAACGGAUUACAAUAAAAGCUGUCCACCUUCCCCUCCUAGUACAGUGAAAAUAUCACCGACAAACACAUCACCACCAUCACCAACAUGGACGAGAUGUCACUCACCUUUCACAUCUCGUUGAGUCACACUGUUGUGAGUAGAAGGGGACCGGCACGGUAGCGAUACACUCAAGGGACAUGAAAGGUCGGCUUUUACUGUUGUGCUUGGCUGCCAUGCUAAUAGACAGAAACUGUCACCUAUGGUGAUUUUUAAGAGGAAGACUAUACCUAAAGAGAAGUUUCCAGCUGGAGUCAUCGUUAAGGCCAAUGAAAAGGGCUGGAUGGAUGAGGAGAAGAUGAAAGAUUGGCUGAGUGAGGUGUACGUAAAGACGAGUUACGCCACAAUUUGUGAAUGGAUUGUAGAUGUUUGGGCUAACGUGUCUGCUUCAACUGUUCUUGGAGCUUUCACAAAAGCUGGCAUCAUUCAUGAGGAGCCGCACGGCAACGAGACGGACUCUGACGAUGACGAAAGGGAAGCUGAGGUGUUUGAUAGAAAUUUAGCCCAGCUGUUCAUUUCAUAUACAGAAGAUGAGAACUUUGAUGGAUUUUUGGAUGCUGAUUGAUGACUGGAAAAAAUGAAAAAUAAAUCACAACUUACUCAGUUUCGCUCCUGCUGCCUUUUUUAAAACACACACUAGUAUGCAUGUUUUAGCGGUAUGUUUUAACCUGCCCGCACCCUAAAACCCGAUGUGCUUUUUCUAUGUGUCAAAUACAGAAAAAGCACCCAGUACUGACACUACGCCCUAUAAUCCCUAUGGUCAUGAAAAUAUGGUAUCUGUCAUUUUCUUUUCCUACUUUUCUUUAACAUAUAAAGAUGUGUUUUUCUGACACGAAAUGAGACUGGUGUACAGUUUUGAAAUAAUUUUAGAUGUUUUUUGAUGGUACGCUCCAAUUAUUCCCUCUAUGCCUGGAUUUUUUUCACUCCCUUCUUCUGAUCUAAUUUCUUUGUUAAAAUACUCCAUCUGGAUGUAUCAGAAAAAGUCAUGAUUGGUGAUCCUUCAAAUAUUCAGGAAUCCAAUACUGAAAUCUGAUAAUCAAUGGCAGUAGUGGUUUUAGGCACGGGCAAUACAGGAUGGCCCGGGGCGCAAAAAGGAAGGGGGGCGGCGCCGGCGGCUCAGCCCUUGUAAAAUAAUUUAUGCACCACUAUUGGUUUACUUAUGUCACAGAGUUUGUAACAGCCUGAAACCUAGCAGCACCCCCGCCCCACAGCUGUGUGCUUUCUUUCCUGUCUUUGAGAAGUAGACGCAUAAUGUGUGUGAAGGACAAGGGAAGGGGCGCGAGGAGUAAUUCAGGGUAGAACCGCCACUGAUCAAUGGAUUGUUUUUGUGGGAUCAGAUCCAGAGUUGCUGAAAGUUCUGCUGCCCUCUGCUGGUCAAAGUGUCCAAACAGCAGAGAGGAGAUUCUCUGGGAUUCAUUGGAGUCCAGAUUCUCCUGGAUGUGAACAGUCUCUGCUUCUGGAACAGAAGAGUCCUUCUCAGAGCAGCAUUGAGGAUCUGUUCUGUCCGGCUGAGAGCGCUCCCUGCUGGUAGGAGACAGAACCACAUCAGCUGCUUUUCUUUGGCCGUUCAGAAACAGUCUGGAGACUCUAAAAAACCUCCACUUCCUGAAGCAAACGGAUGCAGAGCAUCAUGUUUGAUCCUCUUCCUUCAGAAACGGCUCCAUUGUUCCAUCGCUCAGCAGUUUGACUAAAGCAGCUGAGAGUCUUGAUGCAAACAGACCUCAGCAGCUCAUCCAGAACGCCAUGACAGAAGCACAUGCAGCAGCACGUGCACGCUCCCAGAGAACAGCAGCUGAUCCAAGUCCUGACUUUGAGGUGAGACCUUUCUGUUCUGCUUGGACCACACUUCAACAUGAACUUCAUUUCCCAUCAUUCCAUCUGUCAGGAGAGAACAGCUGCAAUCAGCUUCCUUCAGGAAUGACUGCAGGUAGAAGGAUCUUUCAUUCUUCAGCACCACCAGGACCCACAUCCAGCCCAUCAACAGCCAGAACAUCAGUGACAUCAGCGUCUGAUCUUCAUCACAUCAUCAUCAUCAAAGGACCACCUCUACGUUUUUACAAUCUGAUGGAUUUCAGUAUUUCUGCAGCUUCUCAUUAAGUGGAUUGUCAAAUAUUUUCAUGUCCUAUUGGUUUCCUUACACCAUUUUUUUUGGUGUUCAACUCCUUCUAAAAUUCUUCAGCUAUUUUAACCAUCCAACUAAAAAAAUGUUCAGCUUUUUUCAGUUAUGACUUUUGGUCCUUCAAAUCAUUGAACUUUUCAAGAUAUUCCAAGAUUUCCAGGAUUUUGCCUCCUUUUAAAUAUAUGGGGAAUCCUUGAAAACCUUUGCUUCUUUCUGUGGUGCAGAAGCUCACUGGUUCAAUACCCGAAACUGGCAUUUUUCACAAAAAUGUCUUUUUUGUUAUUGUGCUGUUUUCACUUUAUUCAUGGUCAACUUUGAUAAUUUCUUUCCUUUUUUUCUUUUUUUGAUCAAAUUAUUACCCUUUAAGUUUAAUUUUCUUUCAGCAAUAUAACAUUUAUCCCUGUCUUUUCUUCUGGUAAUGCAGCUACUUCUAGU